UAAAGCCAGUGGAUUACGCGCCGAGGGUCAACUUGAAGCAAAGACCUAUCCACCCCUCAACCCAGUUCUUUCCGAGAAAAUGAAGUUUUUCCUAAGUCCAUCCCUCCCGCGGUCUUUGUAUUCACCCAUAUCAUUUUCUCGCCUUCAUUGCACCGCUGGCAAGAUACCAAGGGAACCGUUCCGCCACAGUCAAUUUCGCUGCAUCUUUUCAACGUCUGCGGCCAUGUCCGAGACAUCGGAAAGUGACUCAAUAGUGCGUCACUUGUACGUUCCCAUCGAGGGUGUGGAGAAAUUGGAAAGAUACAGAGCAGGAGGCUACCACCCCGUAGCGAUUGGAGAUCGGUUCCACAAUCGCUAUCGGGUAGUCCAGAAGCUCGGCCAUGGCUCGUACUCAACAAUCUGGCUGGCUCAAGACGAAAGAUUCAACAACAAAUACGUCGCUAUCAAAGUCUGUACAGCAGACUCGAAUCCGCACGAGUUGAACGUGCUUUUGGACCUUUCCAGGUCGCGACAGAUUUCGCAUGAUAGUCUAGGCCAAGCUAUGAUACCUUCCAUCUUGGACACAUUCAAAAUCCAAGGACCCAAUGGCACUCACGCAUGCUAUGUGACUCGCCCAGCGAGAAUGAGUCUCUCAGAUUCAAAAGAUGGAUCUUAUAUUCGCCUUUUUAAGCUAGAAGUUGCGCGGGCGUUGGCAGCACAGCUUGCAAUUGCAGUAGAGUAUAUACAUUCACAGGGGAUUGUCCAUGGUGAUCUUCACUACGGCAACGUCCUCAUUCAACUUCCCUCUGGAUUUGAUUACGAGAAGUGUGGUCAGCCAGAGUCUGAGGCCAUCACUCGUUUCGAUGGCAAAGAGCUUCCUCCCAGUGUCCCAUCCCAUGCCAUUCUACCAAUCUGGCUCGGAGAAGCGAGUGAAAGUCUUGAACUUCCAGAAGCUAAAAUUCUACUCUCUGACUUUGGUGAGGCCUUUUCUCCUGCAAAGGACAAGAAGUUCGAGUCUCAUACUCCUCUUGUGAACCGAGCCCCGGAGACUCGCUUCGAGCCAGACAAACCGCUUUCUUUUCCCUCGGAUAUCUGGUCGCUUGCCUGCUCGAUAUGGGAUAUCGUUGGGCAAAGUCCACUGUUUGAGGGGUUUCUGGCGGCCGAAGACGAUAUAACCUGCGAGCAUGUUGAUGCACUUGGCAUUCUGCCCUUUGAGUGGUGGAGCAAAUGGGAGACCCGACGAAAGAAGUUCAGCGGGGAUGGGAAGCCGAUAAAUCGCCAGUCAUACCGAUCGUGGGAGGAUCGUUUCGAAGACAGUGUGCAGCAGCCUCGACAAGUAGAAGGAAUGCCACUAUUUGAGCCCGCCGAGCGUGAUGCCCUUUUCUCCAUGCUCAGAUCGAUGCUUUCUUUCAGACCAGAAAGUCGCCCUUCUGCUAAAGAGGUUCUCGCGUCUGAAUGGAUGGUGAAAUGGGCACUACCCGAGUGUGAAAAGGUUUGGAAGUCUGGCUUGGUCAGGUAAGAGGCAUGCUAGACUGCUAUUCAGGGUAAGAUGCAAGGGUUCUUGAAUGACGGUUCAAUAAUUGCCUUCAUUUAGAGAUGACUUGGGCCUAUGAUUUCCUCCAUGUGUCCAAGUAAAAAUUGUCAAAUGUAUAGAAUAUAUGUAAUGAUUUAGAUAAGCAGUACUACCUAUCUCAGUGA